AUUUUCUCUCUCUCUCUCUCUCCGCUUUCAGUCAUCAGCUGCGUAAAGAAUUCUCUCUCUACCAGAGUUACAUAUAUAUAUAUAAUCACCAAGGAGAGACGUUUGCACAAUCUCAAACUCAUCUAAGCUUUUUUGUUUUCUGUAUAUGUAAAGAUAUAGGAAACUGCACCAGUCUCUACAAUCCUCUACAUUUGGGUUUCCUUGACAGUAACAGGAAAUGGUCAAAAGGUAUGGAGUGUUUUGAUGUGCAAGCAUUACCAUGUCGCAGUGCUUAGACAGGGUUAAGCAUUUGUGUGCUUCCCUACUUCGCUGCUGUGAUCUUGAGUUGUAUAGACAAUCCAGAGACCUCGAAGAUCCUGAAUUUCUUGCAAGGGAGACAGUGUUUAGCGUAAGUGAAAUAGAGGCUCUUUAUGAACUAUUUAAGAAGAUUAGCAGUGCAGUAAUUGAUGACGGUUUAAUCAACAAGGAAGAGUUUCAAUUGGCGUUAUUUAAGACGAACAAAAAAGAGAGCCUGUUUGCUGAUCGGGUAUUUGACUUGUUUGACACAAAACAUAAUGGCAUCCUAGGCUUUGAAGAAUUUGCCCGCGCACUCUCUGUAUUUCAUCCGAACGCCCCUAUCGAUGAUAAGAUUGAGUUUUCGUUUCAACUGUACGAUCUCAAGCAGCAAGGUUUUAUUGAGAGGCAAGAGGUGAAGCAAAUGGUAGUGGCAACUCUUGCAGAAUCUGGUAUGAACCUUUCAGAUGAUGUUAUAGAGAGCAUCAUUGACAAGACCUUUGAGGAAGCCGAUACAAAACAUGAUGGGAAGAUUGACAAGGAAGAGUGGAGAAAUCUUGUUCUGCGUCAUCCAUCCCUUCUAAAGAAUAUGACCCUUCAAUACCUCAAGGACAUCACCACUACAUUCCCGAGCUUUGUAUUCCAUUCGAGGGUUGAAGAUACAUGAUUCCAGUUCUGCAUUUUAGGUUUUGAUUUUUUGUUAUUAUUAUUGGUUUAGUUCAUAACAAUGCAGCUCUUUUGCUUGUGAUAGGGACCAAAAGGGAAUUGUAUUUGUUAUUUUCACAAAGAUUGCAGGUUGUGUACGUUUAUUAUUUAGCGGUUGCGUUGGUUUUUUUUAUUUUUUUAUCAAGCUUUCUGGUUGGGUUGUUUGAUUUCAGUGCAUAGACAUACAUGUCUUUUUGAAUAAAUGUUAUUUUUGCUUGAA